CUUUCUUGUAGAGAAAACAUAUAACAGGCACUAUGGCACAGACACCUGUUUCACCUGAAGUGCUUCAGCAACUUACCCCCGUUCUUACCAGUCUUUUGUCUUCUGACAAUAAUCAAAGAGCUGCUGCUGAAGCUCAACUUAACGAUCACUGGGUUGCUCAACAGCCUGAUCUUUUACUUUUAGGUCUUUCACAGUUUGUUGCAACCAAUAAUGAAGUUCAGCUUCGUUCUCACUGCAGUGUGCUCCUUCGUCGUUUAGCUUAUAAGCAAUUCACUACCAGUGCCAACCCCGAUACUCGUCUUUGGGAUAUGGUCCAAGAUUCCACCAGACAAGGUGUCAAGGAAUUAUUGCUUGUAGCUCUUGCUAAUGAAUCCGACCAAGGUACUAGACACAAAGUCUCUGAUACUAUUGCCGAAGUUGCUAGAUCCGAUUUGAGUGAAGGAAACAAAUGGGACACUUUGUUGAAGGCUUUGUUUGAAUGUUCUCAGUCUCCCAACCCCGCUCUUAGAGAAUCUGCUUUCCGUAUCUUUGCUUCUGUUCCUGAAUUGAUUGCCGGUCAACAUACUGAUGCUCUUAGAAACGUUUUCUUGGCUAGCUUGACUGAUGCCGAAAGCCAAGCUGUUCGUUUGGAAGCUAUGAAGGCUGCUGCUGCCUACAUUGGUCAAGCUGAUGAACAAACUCAAAAAGCUUUAGGUGUUUUGAUGCCUCAUAUGCUCGAUCCCUUGUCACCCAUUAUCGCUGCUCGUGAUGAUCAAACACUUGUUGAUGGUCUUGUUGUCUUAAUUGAAUUAGGUGAUAAUGCUCCUAAGCUUUUCCGUCCUGUCUUUCCUAAUGUCCUUACUGUCAUGGUCUCUAUUGCCAAGGAUAAGUCUUUUGAUGAUCGUACUCGUCAAACUGCUUUAGAGUUGUUGUUGACUAUCUCUGAAGCUGCUCCUCCUAUGGCUCGUAAGCUUCCUAACUUUGCUACUGAAAUUAUUCCUGUAGCUAUGGAAAUGAUCACCGAUAUUGAGGAUGAUGAAAGCUGGUACACUACUGACGAUUUGGACGAAGAUGACAAUGAAGAAAACUAUGUCAUGGGUGAAAGCACUUUGGACAGAAUUGCUCGUACUCUUGGUGGUAAGGCCGUUGUCCCUGUUGCUUUCCAAUUCAUUCCUCAAAUGCUUCAAUCUGGUGAAUGGCAACAACGUCGUGCUGCCUUGAUGGCUAUUUCUUCUAUCGCUGAAGGUUCUAUCAAGAUCAUGAAGCCUGAACUUUCCAACAUUAUGAACAUGAUAUUGCCUUCUUUCAAGGAUGCUCACCCUCGUGUUCGUUAUGCUGCCUGUAACGCUGUUGGUCAAUUGUCUACUGAUUUUGCUCCUUACAUUCAAAAGCAUUUCCAUGAGCUUAUUAUUUCUGCUCUUUUGCCUGUCAUGGAAGAUCCUCAACCCCGUGUUCAAGCCCAUGCUGCCGCAGCUAUGGUCAACUUCUGUGAGGAAGCUGAUAAGAAGAUCCUUGAUCCUUACCUUGAUGCUAUUUUCGAACGUCUUUUGAUUCUUUUGAAGACUCCCAAGACCUAUGUUCAAGAACAAGCCAUCACUACCAUUGCCACCGUCGCUGAUUGUGCUGAAGAUAAAUUCAACAAAUACCACAACGUCAUCAUGCCCCUCUUGCUCGACAUCCUUCGCCAAGCCAGUGAUAAGCAAUACCGUCUCUUGCGUUCUAGAGCCAUUGAAUGUGCUUCUCUUAUUGGUCUUGCCAUUGGUAAGGAAGUUUUUGCUCCUUACACUGUCGACUUUAUCAACAUUCUUGCUGAAAUCCAACAAUCUGUCACUGAAUCUGACGAUAUCCAAACCACUUACUUGUUGGCUGCCUGGGCUCGUAUGUGUAAGAUGAUGGGUCAAGAUUUCUUGCCUUAUCUUCCCAACAUCAUGCCUCCUCUUUUGCAAUCUGCUAAGCUUACUCCUGAAUUCACCUUUGUUGAUCCUGAAGAUGAUGAUGUUGAAGCCAAGUAUCCUACUGAAGAUGGUUGGGAAUUUGUUGGCAUCAAUGGUCAACAAAUUGGUAUCAAGACCUCUGUUUUAGAAGAAAAGCACACUGCCAUUGAAAUGCUUGUCAGUUAUGCUCGUGAUUUAGGGGCAGGUUUCUUGCCCUAUGUUGCUCAAGUCCUUGAGAUUGCUUUGCCCUUGCUCAAGUUCUAUUUCCAUGAUGGUGUUAGACAUGCUGCUGCUGCUCUUAUUCCUGUUCUUUUGAAGGAUGCUAAGGAAGCUAAUGUAGCUCCUGGUGAACUUGCCAACAUGUGGAACACUAUUUUUGAAAAGCUCAGCAAGAUCAUGACCAUUGAAGACGAUAUUACUUUCUUGGCUCAAACAUAUGCUACUUUCUCUGAAUGUCUCGAUGUUUUGGUUGGUGAGAACUGCCUUCAACCUGCUCAAAUCGAAAGCUUCAUGAAAGGCGCUGAUGAACAACUCAAGAAGUUCUAUGAGCGUUUGACCGAACGUGAGCAAGAAAAGCAAGCCGGCGAAUAUGAUGGUGAAGAUGAAGACCAAUUGGCUGAUGAAGAAGCCACUGAAGAAGAUGCUUUGAGCGAAUUGGCUCGUGCUAUUCAAUCUUUAUUCAAGGCUCUUGGUCCCAACUUCUUGCCUUACUUUGAUCAAAUGUUGCCUCUUGUUGUCCAAUUCUUGUCUCAUCCCAACAAUGCUGCUCGUCAAUGGGCUAUUUGUGUCUUUGAUGAUUUGGUUGAAUUCACAGGUCCUGCUUCUUUCAACUAUUCCAACUACUUCUUGCAAGGUAUGAUUGCUGGUGUUUCUGAUAAAGCUGUGGAAGUACGUCAAGCUGCUUCUUAUGGUGUUGGUGUCAUUGGUCAAUUUGGUGGUCCUCAAUACGCUGAUGCAUGUGCUGCUGCUCUUGAACAUUUGUUUGGUAUUAUUGGUGCUCCUGAUGCUCGUGAAGAUGGUAUUGUUUUUGUUACCGAAAACGCUAUUUCUGCCAUUGCCAAGAUCUGUAAAUUCAACAGCUCCAAGAUUCAAUUGGAACCUGUUUUGUCUGCUUGGUUGAGCACUUUACCCAUUGUGAAUGAUGACCAAGAAGCACCUGUUGUCUACACAUACUUGCUUGAUCUUUUAGAAGCAAACCACCCUAGUAUUGUUGGUCCCAACAGCUCCAAUCUUCCUCACCUUGUCAAGAUCUUUACUGAAGUGUUGGCUGCUGAUAUCUUGUCUGCUGAAUUGGCUGCUCGUAUGGUCAAUAACCUCAAGAUUAUUUUGGGUGGUCUUGAUGAAAACACUCGCAACCAAUUAUGGAAUGCUAUUUCUGUAGAAACUAGAACUAUUCUACAAAAGAAGGGUUAUGUAUAAUCUUUUCUUCUCCCUCCUUCUUUCUAAUAUACACUUCAUCUUCAUUUCUUUCUCUAACUAUAAAAAAAAACUUGUAUCGCUUUAAUUGUAGAAAAAAAAUACAUAUGCAUUAUCUUAUUUUAAACUUCAUUUUCAAUGUGUCUUUAAAGUGUUGAACUUCCCUUUGCUACAAGCAUCGCCCACCCCCUUCCAAUUCACUUUUUAUCUCAAAAAAAUAUAAUAAAUGACCAUGGUAGUUUUUUUUAAAAGUGGUUUAAAC